AUGGGGAGUCCGCGAGUGCGUAAGAUGAACAAUAUGCAUGGACCGUUUACCAUUGUGACACUGGCUGUUGUACUGCUCAGCAUUGCCUCGUCGAAAGAAGAAGAAACUUGUUCUAAAGGCGACUCUUCUUGUGAAAUUAGCUCCGAACAAAAAUAUUCUGAAGUAGCAAACGAAGAUGCACAAUUUUUAAAAAUUAUCACAGAUGCCGUCGAUGCACACGUUCCUUGCUCUUCAGAAAACUGUAGCUGCCAUGCCCAAGUCAUCAUUCGAGACUUGAAACCAUUUAAGAAACGCGGGAUUGAUAAGAAAAUGUUAGAUGAAGCUGGGGCUCGUGGAACGAAGUACCAAAUAAUAGGGCACCGCUUAUAUCGCGAGGAGAACUGCAUGUUUCCAGCGCGAUGUUCGGGUAUAGAACACUUUAUCAAAUCCCAAUUAAAAACUCUUCCCGACAUGGAGAUGAUCAUUAACACUCGUGAUUGGCCACAAGUCAACAAGAAGUUCGGCCCUCUACGACCUGUCUUCUCCUUCAGCAAGACGAACGAGUACAGCGACAUCAUGUACCCAGCAUGGGCCUUUUGGGAGGGCGGGCCGGCCAUCGGGUUGUACCCGCGCGGUCUGGGGCGGUGGGACCAGCACCGGAAGGAGUUGUCGCAGGCGGCCGAUCGAUUUCCCUGGGAGAAGAAAAAACCCAUCGCGUUCUUCCGGGGAUCCCGCACCUCUUCAGAACGCGACCCGUUGGUUCUGCUAGCGAGAGAGCGUCCGGACAUCGUCAACGCGGCGUACACGCGCAACCAGGCGUGGAAAUCCGACGCUGACACCUUGGGGCAACAGCCUGCCGAAGAAGUGUCCUUCGUAGACCAUUGCCAGUACCGCUAUCUUUUUAAUUUCCGUGGGGUUGCCGCCAGUUUCCGCUUCAAGCAUCUUUUCCUGUGCGGCUCUCUCGUGUUUCAUGUUGGGGAUGAAUGGCAAGAGUUCUUCUACCUGUCCUUGAAGCCGUGGGUUCAUUAUAUCCCAGUGCCAGCGAACGCGUCCAAGGACACGUUGAGAAAACUCAUCUCUUAUGCCCAAAGACAUGACGAAAUAGUUAAAGGAAUUGCACAAAGGGGCCGUCAACAUAUCUUGGAACAUCUUGGUAUGCAAGAUGUGAAAUGCUACUGGGGUCGUUUGCUUAAAAAAUAUGCCAAACUUCUUACUUUUCAACCGAAAUUAAAUAAAACCCUUGUUGAAAUUAAAUGA